AAUUAUGGUGUCGUAAAAAUCUUAAUUAUUAUGUAUAAAAUAUCUUCAUGAGCUGAGUACUGGAAAAGUUUGAAGAUUGGAAUUCCCUAACAUGAUUCUACAGGAUUCUGGCCCCAACGAUUCUGUGAGUAGUGAGGGGAAUUGUAAGCAUUUGAAGGAUUUGUAUGAUAAAUGCUUUAAUAAUUGGUUCAAAAACGACUUUCUCAAGGGCAAUUUUAAUGAUAAAUGUAAAUUAAAACUCAGAGAUUAUAGAUCUUGUUUAAAAGAAUAUUUUGAGAGUAAGGGGAAUAAUAAGUUGGUAGAUUUAUUAAAGAAGUUUGAUUGA